AUAAUGAAAUAUCGGUUCCAGAGACUCCGCCGAAAGAGGGUGUGGCCUGGAGAUAAGCAAAGCAAGGAAUAGUUUACUUUUGCACAUGUUACAAGACUGCAUUACAUAAUUCAAUACCACCCAAAACUUUCACGUUCCAGCAACUCAAGUUUGGAAUAUCAAUGUUCAAGCAAGUAAAGCAAGGCAACCAUCAACUUGAUCAUGAAGAAAACAUGUAAACCAAAGCACGCAAUUAUACGAGAAUAAAUAUACCAUCCGCAGGUUGCAUGCAAAAUAUAACAUUUACGUUUCUUCAAUAGUACCAUUUUAUUGCAAUCUUGAGGUUCAUAUUAGUUUUUAGUUCGUUCUCAAUGGCCAGUGCUAGAGGUACUACAAGGGUUGGAGUAAGAACAAGGGCACGAACUCCAGUUGUGGAAGAGAUAGUACCUAAUUCUGGAUGGACAGAGGACUCUGCGGGCCAUUACCUUCUAGUGGAUCUUCCCGAUUUCAGGAAGGAGGAGAUGAAGCUCCAGGUUAAUAGCUAUGGCCGUAUUGUUGUAUCAGGAGAGAGGAACUUAAAUGAGUGGAAACAUGUUCAUUUUCGGCUGACUUUUCCAGCACCGCUGAACUCUGAUAUGGAUAAGAUAGCUGGAAAGUUUGAUGGUGGAAUCCUUUAUGUCACUGUCCCCAAGCAAGUAACACAACAGAACAAAGAAAGUGAGACUGCGAAAGUUGGAAAUGGAAAAGUUGAAAGAGCAGAAGAGAAAGAUAGCCAUCAGCAUGGAAAUGGUGAAGUUGAAAGAGCAGCAGAAAAUGAUAGCCAUGCACCCAAUGCUGAUGAGGGGAGGAUAGGUCCCAAUCAGCAUGACAACCAUAUAGAGCAUGAAGUAAAAAGACAUGAAAAUGAGCACAUUGGAGAAUUUCCUGAACAAGUAAUAAGGAAUUGGCAUCAAGAAUCCAUGUUAAGAAGUGCAGUGGGGGUUUUGAGGAAAAACAAAGGAAUUGUAGUAACAGCUGUUAUAGCAUUUUCCUUGGGGUUGUUCGUAUCUCACAAAUUCAACAGCACAGGUCCUUGACCUGAAUCCACAAAUGUAUAUCCUUUCAUUUCAGGUCAUUUGCCUUUUAGAUUUAUGUAAAUAGAAUAAACUAUAAAGUAUCAUGCAGAUAUUCAAACAUUUAUAAUAAUAUCUCUGCUUUAUCCUUUUUU